UUUUAAAAGAUCCAUAUCAAAGGUAAAGUUUCCAAGUUAUUCAACUCAAGUUAGUGAAACCACAGAUAAAUAAAUACAAGAUAUUGAAUAAAAAUGGCCAGUAUAAAUAUUCUUGGAUUAUUAAAAACAACGGUUGGCAUUUAUAGUGGUAGAAGUUAUGGCACAUUUAAUCGUAUUGUUGCGAAAAAUCCCAUUGUGGAAAUGGAUGGUGAUGAAAUGACAAGAAUUAUUUGGUCGAUGAUUAAAGAAAAAUUAAUUUUUCCGUAUGUUAAAGUGGAAUCAUUAUAUUUCGAUCUUGGUUUACCUCAUAGAGAUGCCACAAAUGAUCAAGUCACAAUUGAUGCUGCAAACGCAAUUCUUAAACAUCAUGUAGGAAUUAAAUGUGCAACAAUUACACCAGAUGAAGCGAGAGUAGAAGAAUUCAAACUUAAAAAAAUGUGGCUGUCACCAAAUGGAACAAUUCGGAAUAUACUUGGCGGUACUGUAUUCAGAGAACCAAUUUUAUGUAAAAAUAUUCCCAAAAUAGUACCAGGUUGGACUAAUCCAAUUAUAAUUGGAAGACAUGCACAUGGUGAUCAAUAUAAAGCUAAAGAUUUUGUCAUCAAAAAACCAGGAAAGGUUGACAUCGUUUACACUGCUGAUGAUGGAGAAAAGAAAACUAUUGAACUAUACAGAUACAAGGGCGGUGGUGUAGCAAUGGGAAUGUACAACACCGAUGAAAGUAUUGAAGCAUUUGCACAUUCUUCUUUCCAAAUGGGUUUGACAAAAAAGAUGCCAAUGUAUUUGUCAACAAAAAAUACUAUUUUGAAACACUAUGAUGGACGAUUUAAGGAUAUUUUUCAAGAAAUAUAUGAAAAAGAUUAUAAAAAACAGUAUGAAGCUAACAAAAUAUGGUAUGAACAUCGAUUAAUCGACGACAUGGUAGCACAAGCAUUAAAAUCUUCUGGUGGAUUUGUAUGGGCAUGUAAAAAUUAUGAUGGUGAUGUUCAAUCUGAUAUUGUGGCACAAGGAUACGGAUCAUUAGGCUUAAUGACGUCAGUUUUGUUGUGCCCUGAUGGUAAAACAAUGGAAUCGGAAGCAGCUCAUGGAACAGUAACAAGGCAUUAUAGACAACACCAAAAAGGAUUACCUACAUCCACAAAUCCAAUAGCAUCCAUAUUUGCAUGGACUAGGGGUCUAGAACAUCGUGGUAAAUUAGAUAAUACACCUGAAUUAAUCCAAUUUAGUAAAAGUUUAGAGAAAGCUUGUAUUGAUUGUGUAGAAAGUGGUAAAUUAACAAAAGAUUUAGCUAUUUGUAUCCAUGGAUUAAGUAAUGUUAAAGAAGAAAUGUAUUUAAAUACAGCUGAUUUUAUAACAGCCAUUGCUGAACAAUUAGAGAAAGAAUUAAAAGUUAAAAACUGAGAUGUAUAUUUAAU